AUGGCGGCCAAACUUCUCCCCCGGGCAGACUCCCAGCAUUUCCCCUGGCCGUACAGUGUUGACCCGCUACCGGAUGACCUGCGGAAGGGGUUGUGGCCGGUGGGCAUCUUCGCCCUGAUGUCGACGGUCGCGACGGUGGGACUGUUGUCGUGGAUCACGUACCGUCUAGUAUCGUGGCGCAAGCACUACCGCAGUUACGUCGGUUACAACCAGUACGUGCUGCUCAUCUACAACCUGCUGCUGGCCGACCUGCAGCAGUCACUCUCCUUCCUCAUUAGCUUCCACUGGAUCCACACCGAUAGCAUGCUGGCCCCCAGCCCCGCUUGCUUCGGCCAGGCAUGGCUCGUCCAGAUCGGCGACAUCUCCUCCGGCAUGUUCGUCCUCGCCAUCGCCCUGCAUACUUUCUUUAGCGUCGUCAAGGGCCGACAGCUGCCUUUCAGGGUCUUCUUGACUGGAACCAUCAUCAUCUGGGCCAUCGCAUUGUUGCUGACGGUGCUUGGACCGGCGCUGCAUGGAAACAAGUACUUUACCGCCGCUGGUGCUUGGUGCUGGGCGUCGGACAAGUACGAGACGGAGCGCCUCUGGCUGCACUACCUGUGGAUUUUCGUCAUCGAGUUCGGCACCGUCAUCGUCUACGCCCUCAUCUUCAUCUACCUGCGCAAGCAGCUGGCCCACAUCUCCUCGGCACAACAGCGCGGCACGCAGCACAAGGUCUCGCAGGCAGCGCGCUACAUGGUCCUGUACCCGCUCACCUAUGUGCUGUUGACGCUGCCGCUGGCUGCCGGCCGCAUGGCCACCAUGACGGGCCAGACUCUGCCCAUCGCAUACUACUGCGCCGCGGGCUCGAUGAUGACGUCGUGCGGCUGGGUCGACGCGGCCUUGUACGCGCUGACUCGCCGUGUGCUCGUAUCCAACGAGAUCGGCCAGAACAAGGGCGCGGCGGGCGCGGCGUCGUCGUCGGGCGGGCGCACCGGCUACGGCGCCCACGGAAGCACCACGGGCACCGGCUGGGACAUGGCGUCAUUCAGCGACCGCAAGGGCGGCCUGACCGUCGACCACACCGUCACCAUCACCGGCGGCCGCGACGCCCGCGGCUCCAGCUUCAUCGACAUGGACGAGCUGUCCAAGGGCGGCACCGUCCACCACUCCGCCAUCGAGCGCAUCGGCCGCCCCAAGCACAAGAACAGCAACACCCCCUCCACCCAAGGCCUGACGCGCGCCCGCAGUAGUAGCACCUCCGCCCGCGAUUCCACACCCCGCGGCAGCACAGACUCCAUCCUCGCCGGCCUUGGCGGCGUCCGCGCUGAAACCAAGGUCGAGAUCAGGGUCGAGCCCGCCGAGGGCUACAUGCUGUCUGGCGAAGGGAGCGGCCGUGGCGGCGAUGGUAGCGGCGUGUCGACGCCCAGUGGCAGAACUGUCGAGGUGGUGGGCAACUCGAACGCUGCGAGGCCGAGGUCGGGUAGUCCGUAUUGA